AAGCGCGGCGCUCUGGGGCCGCGGCAUUGGUGCUGCUGCCGGUACCGUCCUUCCCCGCCGGCUCCCUCCGGGCUGUCCGUCCGUCCCUCCAUCCGUCCCCUCCCGCUUUGUUUUUUCGCUGUCCGCGGGCUCGGGCCCCCCACGCCGCUGCCACCCUGAAGUUUCUGGCGGUGCUGCUGGCGGCGGGCAUGCUGGCUUUCCUGGGGGCCAUCAUCUGCAUCAUCGCCAGCGUCCACCCGGCCGGCACCGCCGCUCCCGCCGCCGCCCCCGCCGCCGACAAUGACUCGGCCGCCGCCGCGCUCCUGCCCGCCGCCGACAAGGGGCUGGGAGCGCUGCACGGCCCCGCCGAGGCUCUGGCCAGCGCCGGGCCGCGUCUGCCGGGGGGGCCGCCGCCGCCGCUCUUCAGCCGCUUCGUCUGCACGCCCCUGAGUGCCGAGUGCCCGGCGACCGGUACCGGCCCCGCCAGCGGCCCCGGCCCCGAGGAGCUGCUGGCGCUGCGGAGCGCGGCGGCUGAGCUGCGCCGCACGGCGCUGGAGCAGAAGGAGCGGAUCCGCAUGGACCAGGAGACCAUCCGGGAGCUCACCGGCAAGCUCAGCCGCUGCGAGGGCGGCCUGCGAACCUCCCCCGCCGCCGCCGCCGUCCCCCCUGCCGCCGGGCUCCGCGCCGCCCCGCGCCCCGGCACCAUGGGCCACCCCCCGGCCGAGCCGCCUGCCGUGCGGGAACUGGAGGAGGCCGUCCGUGCCCUCCAGGACCGCAUCGACCGGAUAGAGCAGGAGCUGCCAGCCCGCACCAACGGCUCGGCGCCCACCGCCCCGGCGCUCGCCCGCGACGCCCUCCACACCAAGAUGGAGCAGCUGGAGGAGCAGCUCCUCUCCAAGAUCCUGACCCUGCAGAAGGAGCGCCAGGCUGCCAGCACCGACCGCAGCCAGCAGCAGCACAACAUUGAGAAGGAGCUGAACUCCCUCCAGAACCGGGUGAUGGAGCUGGAGCAUGGACCGCCAGGCUAUAGCCCUCCCGAUGCCUUCAAGGUGAACAUCCCAGUGCAGAACAACUACAUGUACGCCCGCCUGAAAAAGAGCCUGCCAGAGCUGUAUGCCUUCACCAUCUGCAUGUGGCUGAAGUCCAAGGCCUUAGGUGGGCUUGGUACCCCCUUCUCCUACUCUGUCCCAAGCCAAGCCAAUGAGAUUGUGCUGCUGGAGUGGGGCAGCAACCCCCUGGAACUGCUCAUCAAUGACAAGGUCGCCCAGCUGCCACUGAGCCUGAAGGACAAGGCCUGGCACCACGUCUGCGUGGCAUGGACCACCCGGGACGGCAAGUGGUCGGCAUACCAGGACGGUGAGCAGCGGGCUGCCGGUGAGAACCUGGCCUCCUGGCAUGCCAUCAAGCCCCAGGGCGUCAUCAUCCUGGGCCAGGAGCAGGACACGCUGGGUGGCCGCUUCGAUGCCACGCAGGCCUUCGUGGGGGAGCUGGCCCAGUUUGGCGUGUGGGACCACAUGCUGGCACCGGCGGAGAUCCUGGGCUUGGCCAACUGCACCUCCCACCUCCAAGGCAACGUGAUCCAAUGGGAUGACCAGGCAGUGGAGGUCUUCGGGGGCGCCAGCAAGGCAGGCUUUGUUGCCUGCGAGGAAGGGAGGAAGGAGUGAGUGGCCCUUCACCCCCUCCCCAGCGCCAAGGAGCCGGACCAGCCCCGGAGGGGACAGCGGGGAGCCCCUUUCCCCCUUCCCAGACCACCAAGCCUUGCCACUGCACUGGGGCAAUGCUCAAGCCCCCUGCAGUGGCGUCCUGGAAUGGGGGGGUGGGCUGGCAGCCUCCUUCUUGCCCUCAUGCCAGCAGUGCAGCUUGUCCACCCUUCCAGCAGACCUGCCGCAGGGUCUCACCUUGGUCCGUGUCUGUUUCAGGAUGACCUCGCUGUACCUGGAGAUAUCUCUGAUAUGGCAAGGGUCCCUGGCUUGUCAGCCCCAAUAGGGAAUGGGAAGGAGACCUCCAUCUGCCCCAAGCACAGUCCGGCCUUGGUGGGAUGCCAGUGUGCAGACAUCCCCUGAGCACAUCCCCUUUCUUUAUUUAUUUCUAGUGGCCCUCUGUCUGGUUUUGUGAGCUCAUACUCCAAAUGAGUCUAAAGGCUCAGCUGGGAGCAUCUUCCCCUCAGGCCCCAUCCCUUCUCCUGCCUCCCUGCUUUUUCAAGCACAGCCCUGGGAAAGCCAAGGGAAGAUGAUAGAGGGUCGCUGGUGUGGUGUUCCACCCCUGUGCUGCUUCCCUUGCCUCUGCUGCCUGUUUGGGCAGAGCUGCCCGAGGGGAGUCAGACUUUUGAGGCAGAGGGAAGCAGAGUGGGACACCCCCCAAGCUGGGGGGUCAUUUGGACACUGAGGGAAUGGGGGAAAGGAGCAAAGCAUCUCCCCAGCAUCUCACCCUGGCUGGGGUGGAGGGAGUGCAGCACUGCCAUCAAAGGGCAUUAAAGCAAGAAAGAGAAAGAGAUGGAGGAUGGUGGUGGCUGGAGGAGCCCCGGCAUCCAUCCCCCAGCCUCUUGGGCAAUGGAUGGGGUUGCUGCCCUCACCUCCACCUGGGUCCCCUGCUUUGAGCUGCUGCCAGCCAGGGACAGGGCUGCUGCCAGCCUUGGGACUGGGGGUGAUGAUGUGGGCUGGUAUUUUCCCUGUGGAGUGCCUGAGUAUACGCUGUUUCCACGCCACGUGGUCACCAACGUCUUGUUAUGUGAGUGUAUGUGUGUGUGUGUCUAGGGGGGUGUGAGGGUUAUUUCAGGGGUCUCAUGGUUGCUAAAUGCAAUGUCCAGCUUCCAGCACUCCCUGCUACCCCAAAUCCCACUUUGCCCACUUCAUCUGCCCCGGUCUGGGGGGCAGCCGUUGCCGAAAGCACAGAGAGGACAGCCCUGCCACCAUCACCCCCCCAGCAGGAUCCCCAUCAGCAGUGCCGCAGCUCAGCCCACUGGGGGGGACACAGUGGGGACAGCUAUAGCCCUUGUGCCAAGUGGGAAACACUGUGACCUUUGUGGACCCUGCUGAGCUGCCUCCUCUUCCUCGCUCGCUUGCGCGCUUUCUCCAGUGCACGUUUGUGAAAGGGGCCCCUGAUGUGCGCCUGUGUUGGGACGUUUCUUUUGUAAAGCUGAUUGUGGACAAUAAAGGUGACGUUUUCUGUUCAA